GUAAGUAGGAGCUGACGCGACUAUGCCUCGCUCCGCGUCCCUGUUCGCUGCCCACGUCCAUUGUCCAGUCAUUCUCUUAUUGCCACGUAUCAACUCACAGACGCUGCUAUACACGAAUUCGGAAUACGCGCACUGACAGUCAUAUUUGGGUGACCGUCAGAAUCAUCGCAGGUGCCCAGCCCCGCAAUCGUUCGGACCUACCAGCAACCAAAGCAUUUUCAACAGGGGAGUCGUCCCGAGCCCGGGCCGUAUGGCUUCAGAACACAGGCCUUCCGAGUCCCGCAUCACGGCUUCGGCGCCAUUCAACAAGAGCAGCGCAGACGUCGUGCUGUGUACGUCUGACGAGGUUGAAUUUCAUGUCCACGCGCAGAUCCUGUGCAUGUCUUCCGACGUCUUCGACAGCAUGCUGUCCAUCCCACAGCCCAACGUCUCAGACCCACGCGACGUCCACUCCGAAACGGGUCUUCCCCUCAUCCAUGUGUCAGAGGUCUCUGAGACCUUGGACCGAUUGCUUCGGCUCUGCUAUCCGGUCGCAGAUCCGAAGCUUUUCUCGCUGGACGAUAUCAAACCUGUCUUGGCGGCAGCAGUGAAAUACCAGAUGGAGGAGGCGAUGGCAUUGAUGAAAGACAAGGUGAAGUCACUCUGCAUGGACUCGCCUCUUCCGGUCUACGUCGUUGCUUGCGAACUGGACCUCGAGGACCUCGCACAUCAAGCUGCGGCGACAGUCCGAGUGCGCGAGCUCACGACGGAGUAUGCACCUGAGCUGGACAGGAUCAACGCCGCGCAAUACUACAGAUUACUCUUUUAUGGGACGCGGAGACCGCCGUCCAUCAACGCAGGCAUGUCCCUGAACUCACCUUCUCUGACGUUCACCAGAAGUCCCAUCCUUGAGUCCGCAUCGCCCACCCGCAGCCCAGGGGUCUCGGACUACUUCCCCGACUUUGGUGGCUGCCAUGCCGUCGCGGACAUGGCCAUUCACUCUUCCGACGACGUGGAGUUCCGCGUUCAUCGAAGUAUAUUGGCCAUGGCCUCACCUACACUUCUCGACGCACGCCCAGAGUCUGCGGAAUCCGCGCUUCCAUGUAUUCGGCUCAACGAGGUCGGCUCCGUGCUUUCCAUCCUUCUUCAGCUCGCCUAUCCUCUUCCUGAACCGGUCAUCCCGGACCUCCGCACCUUGAACGCUGUCACUGACGCCGCUGCGAAGUACGGUAUGGUGAGGGUCAUCCAGACUCUCAAGCGUCUCUGGGCCGAGCACUUGGAGGCGGCCCCCCUGCGCGUGUACCUCGUCUCGACGCGCCACGGAUGGGACAAGGAAGCGCGCGAUGCCGCUCGACGAGCCUCCUGCGAGAAAACCGACGCCUACGUGCCCGAGAUGGAGACAGUCUCUGCGUCCGCGUAUCGACGGUUCCUCGUCUACCGCUACCGAUGCCGGGAGGCCGUCUCGCGGCUCAUUCUCCCUCUGAUUCCGCCGCACCACCGCCAGGAGAAGAAGCCUUCGCGGUCGAAGCAGCUGUACUGGAGCAAAUCGGGCACAGAAUACGCGAAUUUCCGGGACGCGUUCGCCCUGGAUGUGCUCGAGAUGGUCCAGCGUGCGGGGUCGGGCUGCAUGCAUGCGGUCGUCGCCUCGCUUGAUCCCGACAUGAUUAUCAGUGCGGCGCAUCCGAGUGAGCAGUUCCUCGCUACGGUGGGGUCGUUGGAGGAUGCGGUGCGGAAGGUUCUGCAGGGGAUCGAGCUGUGAAUGUUCAUAUACACCUGGAUACCAUCUAAUAUCCUCUUUGUGUGUUUCUGUCGAUGCGGACGACUAAGUAAGAGUACGCGCCGAUUCGCGACGAUUUCAGCAUUCAAUGAACAUAGAAAACGGACAGAAGCACCACUGCUAGCCUGAGGCCGCAUAUCUAGCUCAGUGUGCCUUCGUAUUCAUCUAAAUCAUGUGCAAUUGCC